AUGAUUUCUUUACUGAGAAUAAUCGCAAGGGGCCUAGCUAGCUUUCUUGUACUUAAUCUUCUCUUUCGGCUCAUCAGAAAGCCGUUUCUGCCCUGGCUUCACGAUUGGAUGCUUACCUGUCCACGCUCAGCAUCGAGAUGCCAUUUACUUUGGCAAAAAUGGCCAUUCGUCGAGAAAGUUAUCUGGAAAAUGUUAGAUUACAUCGAGACACAUCAUCAGGUCUAA